UACUAUCCUAUUGUUUACAGAUGUUCCUACAAGAUAUUUGUCUUGUACAAGAAACUGUAAUAUAAACCGUACUCCGCCGCAGUAAGAUGUAUAAAGUUGACAUAUGAUUACGAAACGUUUAUAUGGCCCCUGCCCCCCAUUAGGGGGUCAAGUUGACUGUAUGCAGAUGGGUUGUCUUAGCUAAUCUGACAGUAGGUACGGAAUAUCUGAGGAAAACGCACGCUUGCAUCAUGAAGCUUUUAUCUAUCCUGCCACUAUUUUUAGUUGCUACCACAACAACAGCUUCGCCUAUAACCGCUGGAGAUACGCAAGUUACCACAAACUCCACAGCGAAUGAAGAUACGCUUAUAAUAACAGAAAACUUCUUUCUCGAAACCAACGUCAAAUAUACUGGACAGCACGAUAUCGUUAACAUUAUAGUACCUCUCAACAAAAUAAAUUUCGAAGAUGAUGACGAAGAGAGAUAUAACAAUGAUAUAACGAUAUUCUUUGUUGAAGCCGAUGUAGAUGAUAAAGGAGAAAGAAAAGAUCAGGGAUUAUACAUUUACAAAAAUGGUAAAACUAAUAAAAUACUAGAUAAUGGAAGGGAUGCUACAGCAUUAAAUGAUGACAGUACAAAGGUAUACUUUGGUGCAUCAGACGGUAUUUAUAUUUACGACGAUGCUAAUGGUAAAACUAAUAAGUAUGGAACUCUUACUGAUAAUAUAAUCCAGGUAGAAGCCGAUAAUAAAACAGGCACCGUUUAUUUUCUGACGAAGGACCAUGAAGUAUUUUCUGUUGCUGACGAAGGAAAAAAGAAAAAUAAAGUUAAUAUUAAAGACGUUAGAGAAAUGGCCAUUGAUUAUGAUAGCAAUUUGUUUUAUUAUGAUAGUAACAAAGAUUUAUACUUGUGUAACCUAAAACAUGGUGCUGUGCAGAAAAUUGAAGGUAUACCAAGUAGAAAGAGUAUCAAAUUGAUAAGGCCAAUGUUUGCUCAAGAAGAUGGUGUUUUUGCAAUUAUAGAUGAUGUUAUAUAUUUGCUAAAUGCUGAUAGGACUGCAGAGAAAAGUAAAGGAACUCUACGAGUAAAACCAACUGCAUACGCACCUGAAGCUACGUUAAUACAUUACUAUGCACUUGAAAAAAAGCUAUACGAAUUCAAUGUGCUAGCUAUUAUUAGUCCCGAACUUGAGGAAUUGAAAGACUUCUUAGAUGAUAAGAAGAAUGAAAUACAAAAUAUCGCUACGAAGUCGAGGAGUUCUUUUGGGUCAUAAACUAUUACAAUUAAAUGUAUAAAUAAAUUAAAA